AAUAGGAAUAUAUGGUCAGCUCAUCGCGUCCAAGGCGCCCCCCUAAGCAUACUUUUCAAGGAACAAAGUUAGCAGAAACUCUAAUCUGUAAUCUGCUUCCGCUCUUGCAAUUUUACAACUUCUUACAAAGUUCAAGUUGGAUUUAUCAAUGGCGCAGCUCCCAAUUCUCCAAUUCGAGGAGAAAAUCAUCGAGACAGUGGAGCAGAAUCAAGUGGUUGUCAUAAUUGGAGAGACAGGCUCAGGGAAGAGUACUCAGCUCUCUCAAAUGCUCCACCGCAGAGGAUACACAAAGUCUGGUAUUAUCGGCGUUACUCAGCCUCGCCGAGUUGCCGCCGUUUCUGUUGCUCGACGAGUUGCUGAGGAGCUGGGUGUUCAUCUUGGUGAGGAAGUAGGAUAUGCCAUUCGUUUUGAAGACAGAACCUCAGAAAGAACUCGAAUCAAGAUUGUAAACUGCUCAGAUACCUCACUGAUGGAGUCCUCCUCCGCGAAAGUCUUUCUGAUCCUGAGCUUGGUCAAUAUUCAGUUAUCAUUUUGGAUGAGGCUCACGAGAGAAGCUUAAAUACGGACGAGUGAAGACCAUAGAUAUUGUGGUGGAGUGGAGAAAAAUGAAGAUCGCAAGAGACAAUAGACACAUUGAUGGGGCUGAUGAAACGUUUAAUUAGAAUGCGUAAUUCCCACUUGAAGGUUCUUAUCACUUCAGCAACCCUUGACGGGGACAAAGUAUCAAAGUUCUUUUUUGAUUGCCCUGUGUUGACAGUUCCUGGAAAGUUGCAUCCUGUUGAGAUAUUGUAUAGCAAUGAACGUCCAAAGAGCUACAUUGAAUCAUGUCUAAAAACGGCUAUUGAUAUACACACCAAAGAACCAGAAGGGGACGUUCUCAUUUUCUUGACUGGACAGGAUGAUAUAGAGAAGUUAGUAUCAAAGUUGGAGGAAAAAGUUUAUAGUCUGGAAGAAGGAUCUUGCAUGGAUGCUAUAAUUCUUCCUCUUCACGGUUCAUUGCCACCAGAACUGCAGGUGCGGGUAUUCAGUCGUCCACCUCCAAAUUGUAGGAGAUUUAUUGCAGCAACCAAUAUUGCUGAAACUUCUUUGACUGUUGAUGGUGUUGUGUAUGUCAUUGAUUCUGGUUAUGUCAAGCAACGGCAAUACAACCCAUCAACUGGCAUGUACUCCCUCGAUGUUGUACAAAUUAGCAAAGUGCAAGCAAAUCAACGUGCUGGGCGAGCUGGAAGAACACGUCCAGGGAAGUGCUAUAGGAUGUACACUUCCAUGGAUUAUCAAGAGGAGUUGUUGGAUGUAACAGUUCCUGAGAUACAACGAUCUUCUCUUGCUGGUAGCGUUCUUUAUUUGAAAUCAUUGGACCUUCCAGAUAUUGAUAUUCUCAGAUUUGAUUUUCUUGAUCCACCAACUUCCGAAUCUUUAGAAGAUGCAUUGAAGCAACUAUAUCUUAUUGAUGCUAUUGAUGAAAAUGGAUCGAUUACUAGAAUUGGGAAAACAAUGGCUGAGCUUCCAUUAGAACCUUCACUCUCACGAACCUUGAUAGAGGCAAAUGAGUUUGGCUGUAUAUCCCAGGCUUUGACUGUUGUUGCAAUGUUAUCUGCCGAAACGACCUUGCUUCCUGGUCACAGAAAGAGUGCUGAUAAGAAGAGGAAGAACAGGUCCUUGAACCUUCCUGAUGGCUCAGGAUGGGGUGACCACAUCCAGUUGCUACAGAUCUUUGAGCUCUGGGAUCAAAAGAAUUAUGAUGUUAACUGGUGCAAAGACCAUGAUUUGCAGGUAAGAGGGAUGUUGUUUGUCAAAGACGUACGGAAACAACUGUGUCAAAUAAUGCAGAAAAUAGCCAAAGGAUCAUUGGACGUAUGGUCAUUCAGAAACCAAAGGGAGAGUCAAGCAGAAUACUGGAACUUGAGGAAGGCUUUAUGUGUAGGCUAUGCCAAUCAACUUGCAGAGAGAAUGAUUCAUCACAAUGGCUAUCGAACUCUUAGUUUUAAGCCUCAAGUCGUUCAGGUGCAUCCCUCGUCUGUUAUGAAGCCAGAUGAAGAGGGGAAAUUUGCCGACUAUGUUGUGUACCAUGAGCUCAUUACAACAUCUCGACCUUAUAUGCGCAACAUCUGUGCAGUACAGGUUGAUUGGGUAAUGCCGAUAUUAAACAAGGUUAAGAAUCUAAAUGUAAACAAAUUAAGUGGUAGCAGUGCUGAUUUUACGAGUGGGACAAUAGAGGGCAACGUUAAGAACUCUCUAAAGAAAGAGGAUGCUAACACUAAAUUGACUCUUGAUGGCCAUGAAAACAAAAUUCUAGCUGCUCGAGAACGGUUUCUUGCACGAAGAGGGAAGAAGUGACACCGUGAUCAAACAAAUUGACUCUUGAUGGCCAUGUAUUAUGGAACAUGGGAAACCUGAGCAAAUUGACUGCACUUGUGGCUGCUUCUUCCUGUUGCUCCCUUUUCAGGUUCACCCACCGGUUUCCCGUAGUUUCUUCAAAGCAUGUGGAAGACAGGUAAGUGCAAGUGCAUUGUUUCCACAGACCAUAAUAACCUCAAACCUCUUAGUUGAGCCAUAUGUUUUGACUAGUUUAAGUAUGUUUAGGUUCGCAACCAUUCUAAGAGGUUUAACGUCUGACGAUAAUAGUUUAAUGUAUUGUAUGAACAUGAUUGAUUGCUCUCGAAAGAAAGCUAUAAAUGUUAAAGAAAUGACUAAAUAUAGGAUUUUCUAAAAAUUGAUGUUCUUAGCUUUUCAUUUCAACGAGUAGCUAUGAAGUGUGGUUUUUGCAAUUGUCAAAAGUUGAGGACCUGUUUUUUAUAAAUAAAAGUUUGAGGGUAUAAUUGCAAUUA